AUGGCACGGCCGGUUACAUACGCCGGGAGAUGUACCGUUGAGACUCUUAUGUUGCGCAAGCCUGUAGUCUGCACCGCCGGCCUGCAGAGUGCUUACAUUGCGUCCCUGAAACGAGAGGAGAAACCGACUCCAAACGGCCUCUUUGAGAAUAUCAGGCAUCUCGCGUUUAAGGCGCACGGCAGUGCUUGGUUGAACCGGGAGAAGGCUAUGUCAGUGUACCGUAUGAGGCGUAAAUUGGAUGAGUUUGCUGUAUUACCAUGGUUUGAUUCGAUGCUGAUUAAUGCAUGCUUCUUUGACGGAAACGACAGCGCUGCGUUUCAGCAGGAUUGCGGCCGUUUCCUGCUGUCCAUCGAGGACCACAAGGAGAUCAACACCCUGGCUACCGGCUGGGAGGAUCUUAAGAGUCCCGAAAUCAAACUCGAUUACCGCGUGUGGCUCAUGGGUUUCGCCCAUACGUGGGGUUUUGUGGUGAGCGCAUGCAUUCAACACAUUGUGGUGAGCGCAUGCAUUCAACACAUUGUGGUGAGCGCAUGCAUUCAACACAUUGUGGUUGAGGGCAGCCCAGACAACGACCUCUAUGCGACGGACAUCACGGCACUGCACGGGAAAGAUGGCAAGCCGCUCCCCGAAGCGUUGCCUGUUUCGGAUCGUCGGGGCUGGGUUGGAAAUGACGCCGACGGUAUUACCGUAGGCCUCCUCGCACGUGCUCUCGGCUUGCGAUCCGCCUGGGAGAAGCCCACGCCCGUGCAAGGACCUGAGUACCGUAAGGUUGACGCUAACGGAAGGACUUGGCGAGGAGAAUUCAGCAUGCCGAGCACUGCAGACAUCCCCACCCUCCCCUGCCUUGUCAGGCAGGGCGUCACCCCAAAAGGGUAUUACGACUGGGGUUUUCCCGGCGAGAAGGACCUACCGGAAGCCUCAACCUCCAAGAAGCAGCGUAUUGCUGAAGGCGCCAUGAUUGCAGGGGGGCAGGUGGAUGAUGAGCAGGCGCUGUGCGCGGAUGAUGAGAAGGAACCGAACGGGGGGCAGUAG